UGUGAGAAAUCAGGCUGAUGACUCCUUGAGAACACUGCAGAAAUCAAAUGCUGAAGACACUCCCAAGACUCUGACACAAAUGUACACACACUUUGUCCGCUUUCAGAUGCUGCAGAGCAGACGAAAAUAUGAUGGCGAAUACGCACCAGAUGUUUCCUGGGAUAAAGAUGCCAUCCUUUCACUGGGGAAACUGGCAUUUCAUCAGCUGCAGAGAAAUAAUCUGCUCUUUUAUGACAAAGAUCUGGAAGAAUGCGGUAUUGAUAAAUCUAAAGCAUCAGUGUAUUCAGGCAUGUGUACCCAGAUCUUUAAGGAGGAAGCAGGGAUCAUUCUUGGCACCACUUUCUGCUUUGUUCACUUGAGUAUUCAAGAGUUUGUUGCAGCCCUUUAUGCACAUCUGUUUCUAGACAUUCACAAGAAAAGUGUGUUUAAUCAACAUGAAUCUACAGAACAAGAAAACAAAAAUGGAACCAUGAUUGAUUUGCUCAAGACUGCAGUGGACAAGGCACUUGAGAGUGAAACUGGACACCUGGAUCUUUUCCUUCGCUUUCUUCUUGGUCUGUCACUCCAAUCCAAUCGACUACUCUUACCAGGUCUGUUGACACAGCAAUACAGCAAUGAACAGAGUAACAGGAAAAUAGUUCAGUACAUCAAGGAGAAAUUAGAAGAUAAGAAGAUGUCUCCAGAGAGAUCCAUCAAUCUGUUCUACUGUCUGAAUGAACUGAACGACCAAACUCUGGUGAAAGAGAUUCAGACCCACCUUAGAGAAGGAAGUCUCUCAUCUUCUGAUCUUUCUCCUGCUCAGUGGUCUGCUGUGGCUUUCGUUUUGUUGACAUCAGAGGAAGAGCUGGAGGAGUUUGAGCUUCAGAAGUUCAAGAAAUCAGACGAGUGUCUCUUUAGGCUAAUGGAAGUUUUGAAAAUCUCCAAAAGAGCUCUGCUAAAUGAUUGUAAUUUAACAGAUGAGAGCUGUUCAAAUUUGGCCAAAGCUCUCUGGUCAGAUAAUAGUCUGAUAGAGCUGAAUAUGAGCGAUAAUAAUCUACAGGAUUCAGGAGUAAAGCAGCUCUGCAUUGGACUGGAGAAUAUUAUGUGUAAAUUGGAGAUACUGAAGUUAAGAGGCUGUAAAAUGACAGAUGAAGGAUGUUCAGCUCUGACUUCAGCUCUGAAAUCAAACCCAUCACACCUGAGAGAACUGGACCUGAGUGAGAAUAAACUGGGAGACUCUGGAGUUGAAAACUGUCACGGUACAGGUUAUGGGAGAAACACAAAACGAGGGUAG